CCCUCUUUAUAACACUACAGAAACAGAGAGAGAUUCAUCUUUUUUUCUUCUUCUUUCAAACAAUGGCAAUUUCAGGAUCAGAAUCACAGUCACAAACUCAAACUUCUACUGUAAAAACCAUUAAUCACGUAGAAGUUGAGUGCGUGAAAUGCGACUCAUGCGGUUUCACAGAAGAAUGCACACCAGCAUACAUCACAAAAGUUCGUCAGAGAUAUCAAGGCAGAUGGCUCUGUGGACUCUGCGUCGAAGCUGUUAAAGACGAAGUUGUUAGAUCGGAUAGACUCAUCACCACUGAAGAAGCACUCAAUAGACAUAUCAGUUUCUGUAAAGAGUUUAGAUCGUCGUCAACUAAAACGGUUACGGAGCAUCCUAUCUUUGUUAUGAGCCGAAUUCUUCGCAGGAGUUUGGAUUCUCCUCGUCGGAAACCGCCUCUUCGGUCGAAUUCUACUGGAGUUCUUCCGCCUGUUGAUGGUGUUCGUUCUUCGGCGUUGAUUCGAUCGGAGAGCUGCUUUUCGUCGAUAUCUGGUUAAUUUAGUUUACUUUUUUUCUUUUCUAGUUUAGACUCGUUCUGCAGUUGGAGAUAAAGCUUGGAAUAAUUGAAAACUGAAACAUGUUUUUCUCUCUCACUGUGACUAAUGUUGAAAUUACAUAUAUUGUUAUGACCAAAGGUCUCUAACAUUGUAAUUUGUGUUUUGAUUGAUUCAUGAAUCAUGAUGGAUCUGUGUUUCACUGUCUUAGAAA